AAGACAACAGAACCAAUGGAAGCAGAGACUCGGCCGACGGUCAUGUCCCGCCUCUAACCUGAGGCUCAAACAGUAAUAAGCGCAGAUCCAUUUUUUUAAGAUACAAUAAGACAAAGACGGACUGAUUAAUUUAGUUGCUUCUUUUCAAUGGUAUUAACAUAAAAGUUUUCCCCAGAAUUGACCUGGAGGAGUUUUCUUUAAUCGGAGAAAGCAGAUUACGAGGCUGUGUAGAUACUUUUCUGCCCUGCAAUAUUUCUGGAGGCUGGGUGUGUUCUCUCGCUAUCAAACAAAGGGUCUCGGUGCCUGGGAUUUCCAGAGGGGCUUGUGUCCUUAUUAUUGUCGCAUGCGGAAUGGCGAGUGCAGCUUUCGAUCGUUUCGCUGCCGAGUGCUUGGUGUCCAUGUCUCGGACAGCAGUGGUCCAUAGUCCCGGUCCAGCAGCCACCCCCCCCGGGGACUGUCAGGACAAAGACACCGGUCUGCUGUUGGUUCUGGCUGGGAUCCCGGCUCAGGGCGGCCACUCGGCUGAUGGCAGCCCACAGGAUGGGGCAGAGAGCCCGGGUACCGGGCACUGUGUCCCCCCGAGACCCAGAGGCCGGAGAGGCAAAGGCAGGAGCGGCCAAGAGCGUCGGCCCAAGAAACACCAAUGCCAGUACCCGGGCUGCGGGAAGGUCUACGGCAAAUCCUCGCACCUGAAGGCUCAUCUCCGGACACACACAGGUGAGAGGCCCUUUGCAUGUACUUGGCCAGAUUGCAACAAGAAGUUUGCUCGCUCUGAUGAACUGGCUCGACACUACCGCACCCACACGGGCGAGAAGCGCUUUAGCUGCCCCAUCUGUGAGAAACGCUUCAUGCGCAGCGACCACCUGAUGAAGCAUGCUCGGCGCCAUGCCAAUUUUCAGCCCAGCAUGCUGAAGAGAGCACACAGCUCACGGCCAAGCUCAGUCAGUGAUUACAGUCGAUCAGAUGCAUCCAGCCCAGCACUGAGUCCCGCCAGUUCACCCUAAACACUCCUGCACCCGAUGACGACACUUUUGAUAUGCUUGGCCUCCCAACUGUUGAACUUCACUGCAACAGUGAAAAACAAAAAGGGAAAUUAAAUUGGUCGAUGUUGAAGGGACAGCAUCACUGCUACUGAGUCUUUCAAGAAGAGUUAACAGCUUUACGAGAAAACACAAAAUAACUACACAUUCACCUCAGGAUAUGUUACUGUUUUUCUUAAACUGCACAAUAGAGAAAGCAACGUACAGCUCAGAUUUAACCUGGUUCACCUUUUCCCUCAGGGAUGACAACACAUUUCUCCUGUACCAUCGCCUUGCCUUAAAUAUUUGCACUCUGAUUGCAUCACUGUUACAUUGAUAUGCAGGGGGAUACGUGGGUCAAUUCUCCUCUUGAAAUUUUAAUGUUUGUGGCUAAAGUGUUAAUCAUGGGGUUGUUGUAACUUGUAUGUUCAUCCAAAUUGCAGCCCAUGUUUCACUGGUGGCUGAAAAGGGUUUGCAGAUCUCCUGGUCAUUCAUCCAACCUUCCACCUCCUCCAGUAUGCUGCAUAUCACUUUCAGAAGGUAAUUGAAGAACAGUGCAUGAAGUUGAGUGAUCAGAGCUUUGCUGUUCCUAAGUUAAAGUUACAAGCUGCCAGUGGAUGUUGUCUUUCCUGCUGAUCAUCACACCCCCUGCUCCUCCCCACAACAAAGAAAAGUAAUUACUCUGUAAAAUUAUACACAAACUUGGAGAGUUCAUAUUAUGGACUAAUGAAAACCCAGAAGCCAUUCCAAAAUGUUCUGAAGAUAUUUUCGAAGAUAGUUUUAAGUGCUGUCAGAUGUAGUGUAUUGUAUACUCUAGGUUAUUGGUUGCAUUGUGGAAGGAUAAGAAUAUACAUUCCAAAGGAAUCCAUGUGGACUCUGUAUGUACUUACUUUGCAUGGAAGCUAUUGCCUCUGGUUCCUUGUGUUUGUUGUGUUGAUAGGGUCAGCAUAGCACUAUAGGUACUUGAUGCUGAGAUCAGGUAAUUUUACUCCUGUACCUCUUGCACUCUCCAGCAGUAAGUGUGUCUGAAACACAUCAACACACAGUUACUCUUUGAUAAUCUUCUGUAUUUAUUUUUGGGUUUCUAUUUAACUGUAAAAUGCAAUAGGCUGGUCCUUUAUUAAAAAGAGGAGAAUGUAUGGUCAACUUGAGUGAUUAACCAUUUAUUAUGUGUGUAUGAAAGAAGUUCAAAAAGUCUCACUGACUUGUCAGUUAACCUGGUACAUACAAUUUUAUUUUAAAUUUGUGCUAAACCACAAGAAUUUACAGUUCAUUUUGCAAUCUGCCCCUCUCCAUCAAAAGACUGUCUGCAUAAUUUCAAAACUGUAAAUAUUUUUCUGGCAACUUCUUCCUACCUCCUCAUUCCUCACCCUCCAUCACAAAAAAACAUGGUUCUCUUUCACUGGGGUACUGGUUCCACAUGUAAGCAGCCUUCAAUAUCCUCACUCACUUGCAAACUUACACCAUGAUCAUUGACCAGUCUUCAGUCAUGAAGGAUAUGAUAGUCAAAAGUCUGUUCUAUCCUGUUCUUAACAAAGGCUUGCAUUUCUCCAACAGCAAUCACUGGAGUAUGAUCAGAAACAGGAACAAUUACCAUGAAUUGCCCUUAGGGUGGAAUCAGCUAAUUCAGUAGGGAAUUAAAUGUUAAAUCUUGUAUGGAUUAGUUUUACACCAGACAGUUCAGACAUCUAAACAUUUUAUAUAUGAAAUAGUUCUUUAUAAUGUUGUGGAUUAUGAUAGAAUGAACAGCCUUCUCUCUCCUCCCUAUCAUUUGGCAGGUUAUGGAGGUGAACUCCUGAGGUUGCUAAACAAAUACACUCAGACCUCAGCAUAUUAUAGACUAGUUUCCUGCAUAAAAGAAGAACUCAGAGAUUGAAAACCCCCAAAGAGGCUCACUGUAUGAAAGCACACUAAACUAGGAGCAGGUUUGACAGAUACAUCAAAUACCCAUUAAGGAAGGAAGACAAUUUAAGGAAUGGCUUUGGCAGGAUGAGGACAAGUGUUUUUUAAAUGUUUCUAAAAUUAGGUUUAGGGCAGGCUGGAGAACUAAGAUGGGCAUUGUCUUUUCACCUCCGAGGUAUUGUUCAAUAUUGUUCUGAAUGGAGCUAACAAUCAUUAAUUUGAAAUUUCUAUCUCAUUGUUUCUGCGGAUUGAGAUACUGAAACUAAUUGUUGCUGCUAUAGCACAGACAAUCUCACUCCAAAAUGGGGAGAAAAUUAAUCUAGAUUUAUUUUUACUCUGUAAUUUGUGCUGUACCUGGCCUGGGAGCAUUUGACGGGACAGUAUGGAGGGAACAUUAUUCUGCUUCAGUUUUAUGUACCUAUCCUGGGAUUUACAUGGUACUUCAGUUACAUGUUUCAUUACCCACAAUGAACAUCUCGUAGCUUUAAAACAAAAGGUCCUUCAACUGCCUACUUCUCAAAAGCUAAAUGAUUAUAAGUUUCCGGAGAGUCAAGAGUUCUUUGGUUUUAUGUAUAAAAGUGAGUGAUAGUAUCAGCUAAUGUUAGCUGUAUCAAAAUUACGAGCUGAGCUGUAUUUUAGCGAGUGCGAUUCUUUGGUGCUUGUACUGUAUAUUUAUAUUUGGGGAUCGGGCAAGAUUCUCCAUCUCCAGUCAGACUGUUCAAUUUUUCCUUAGUACCUUGUGCACAUAACAUUUAAAUCAUGAAUUUCUAUUUUAAUUAAAUAAACCACAUCUAUCUGUAGAAGGCCACGUAGUGACUCACCAUAUGAACCGAAACAUUAUUAGAGGGAUCGCACUUCACAAUGUUGGUGCUCACUGCUCUGAUGUUCUGCUUUGUAUGCUUUUUGUAAUUUUACUUUGUACAUCCAUUUUGUGAUUAUUGUCCUAUGCAAAUUUUAACACAAGCUAAACUACAGUUUCAUAAUAAAUGAUAUGCAUGGAUAGU